GAAGUUUUGAGCUGGCCUUGUUGAGGUUAUGUAGGGCCUUUGAUCCCAGUACAAACUCUGUCCUCUUCGGAUCCUGUUUUGUGCCUCUAGAAGCUUUUGCAACACUAAAUGAAGAAGAGAAUGCCCUGAAGGACCAAAUAUUCAACUUUGCCAAUGAUAUGAUAGCAUUGAAUGUGACAGACAAUGAACUGGCUCUGAUCUGUGCUGCUGUCCUGGUCAGUGCAGGUAGGGAUCUGGAGGACAAUCGUCCAGGCGUGAAGGAAGCUGAUCAGGUGCACAAGUUACAGGAAAGGAUUCUAGCUGCCCUUAAACAGGAAAUCACCCAGAACCAUCCCGAGGAUGAACAAUUUAAGGCCUCAUUACUUGAGAAAGUGCCUACACUCCGAGCCUUAAGUGCGCAGCAUAUCGACAUUCUCAACAGAUUCAAGCAAUCAGCGCCAGGGAUGGAAUUCCCAGCCUUACACAAGGAAUUGUUCUCCAUUGAGGCACUGGAACUCCAGCAACAACAACAAGACCAGCAACAGCAGCAACUUAUCACAGCAGCCUCAGAAGCAGCAGUACCAGUCCCCAUUUCUGACCCUGUGCCCAUUGCAAUGGUAGCAGAGGAGCAGCCAUUACCAGUGACCUUGAAGACUGAGCUGCCUGCUGUGUCCCUUCCGAUGAUACCAGUGCAACAGCAACAACCACAACAACAACAACCACAACAGCAACAACAGCAACCUUUAAGUGAAAACAUUGGGAGCCAGUCUGAUCAGAGGCUUGAGAUUAAGCAAGAGGUCCAUACUGACACAUCUUCAGCACCAGCCGAGGAACAUGCUCAGCAGGCUGCAACAUAGUUGACUGACAGUGGGGGGCUGGGGGAAUAGGAAAGACAAGACCAACUGCAGCAUUUAACCUACUGCCAGAGAUACAACAUUAGAGUCAUUAUAUGUACAUAGUUCCUUCAUCAGUACAUCUUGCAUAACAUUGGUAUAUGGUGAGAACAGAGUCAGGAAGUUGCUGAACUGUUGAUGUCUGUAAACCAUUUGUGUAUCACCACAGAAGUCAUCUUUGUACCUGAGUAUAAUAUAGUUUUCCGGGUUAGAAGAUUUGGAGAAGUUUGUGCCAUACCAGCAGAAACUGGGAUUUUUUUUUUUUCUGGCAAAACCAGUUUACAGUGUCAUCAAUGUGUCUUUUUACCCUGUCUUAUCCACAUUUUACAGCCAGGUCUAUGUUAAAUUGAGUUCUCCAGCAUUCCAUCCACUAUUUCUGUUCCCUCUCCAUUGUUGCCAGUUGCUGAGAUCAAAUAAGAAAUUGGCUGUUGCGACAGGGGUCUUAUAAAGCACCAUCUUUGGUAUUGGUGCUUGAAAUUGUUUAAAUUUUAAGACUGUGUAUGGUUGUUCAAAUUCUAUGAUGUAUUUUCAAGAAAAAUGAUAGUAUGCCUUGUCAAGACAAAAUGUUGCUAGGCAUGUUUGUUAUGUUACCCAUUUGAUUUUAGCUUGGGAUCUGUAAAGUGUUCAUAUCUACAGUGCAAGAUAUCACCUUUUUGUUUUAAGUAUGAAAUAGUUGUAUAAAAAUACCUGUGAAACAUUAUUCAUUUAAUUAACUGCUGAUAUAUUGGAUAUUGAUAUUUCUUAUGUACUAGCACCACAUCAAGGUGCAUUUUGAAAAAAGAAGUAUAAUUUCUUUUUAAGAUCUAUUAUGUAAAGAAAGAGUGCUAAGGGAAAUUCAGUCUUGUAAGUAUGGGAUUUUUAAAAUUUUCAUUACCUUCUGUCUACACCAGUAUGCAAGAAAAAAUGGCAGCAUUAGCCAUUCUUAAAUGCAAAAUUUACUGUGGCCCCUUUUUUUUGUUAGGGCUGGUAUGCAAGCCCAGGAUGUCCUUUCCUGGCUACUAGAUGGCAGCACAGUGCAUCCAUGAAACAAGACGGUACAUUAGUGGUCAGUUGGUCCUAUAUGCAUGUUUGUUGUAGACAUUAAGGAAAAAUAUUUUUCUUAUUUUCUUCAGUGCUUGAUUUGCAAUUCAUUUGUAUUUUGAAAGAUCUCGGACUUCAGAUGGAAUUUUUAUUGAAACAUCGAUAAAGAUUUGGAUGCGUUUUUUCUGCAUGUGAAAUGGUGUUUAAAGCAAUCAGUUCUACUCUUGAAGUGGUUGGUUCUCCCCUUUCCUGCAGAGGAGCUUCUUUAAAGAAAAUGAUAAUUUGUAAUCUAGAAUUAUGAUAGUUAUAGAGAGAACUAAAAAUAAAUUGAUUUUAUUUUACUUAGCUGUAAAUAUGCACUGUGCUUUGUAGGGCAAUUAUUCAACAGCUUCUACAUAAACAUUCCUUGCCAAAAUACAUUUAGCAAUCUUUUGCAUGUAAUUUGUAUAGCUUUAGUUUUGCCUUGAUGUUCAUUUUGAGUACAAAAAGUGAUGCUUGUUUGUAACCUUAGGUCCUUGUAUCCAUUGGCAUUGUCCAUUGACAAGCAUUAAUAAUAUUAUUGCAAAUAAUGUAAUGUGUACAGAAGUAUUGGGAAUAUUAAAGAAAAGGAAAGUAAUGAUUUUGAAACUGAACCUGUAUCACUUCAGAAGAAAUGGAUGGUUAUCUGAUGAUGAGUAACAAGCAAGAUUCAUGGCAACAACUCCUGUAUGCAGAGGUCACGCUUGUGUCCAUAGGUUUUGUAAAUACUGCUUUUACAAUCAUUCGCAUGGAUAGGAGAGUGUUUGAAGGAAAUAAGGGGACUAUAAUGCGCUCCAUGCAAUACUAUGUAAUAUCAUUAACAAGUGCUUCCCAAAUAGAGCUGAAUUAUAUCAAUUUUAUUUCAAGGAGAUAAAAAAGGAAACAAAUAUGCUUAUUUAAAAGACUUCAUUGUAACAGUUUGUGAGACUAACCUAAGAAUAUUGCAAACAAUUUAUGUUAUUUGUGGCAAUCAUUUUGCAUUCAUCUUUACAAUUAAUCAAAGCAGUAAUGCUAUAGAAAAAUUCAUAUGCCAUAGAAUAAUUUCACAUUCACUGAUAUAAUUUUGAACCAUUCAAAAGAUUCAAGUUCAUUGGGGAUCAAAGCAAUUCAGAGGUUGGUUAAUCUGGAGCAUUUAAAGACAAUGGGGGGAAUUUGAUGGAAUUCUUUUGCACCCUGGUUUAUGUUUUAACUCAUCUCUUCUAUUUAGAGGAUGUCAAGAAAAAGGGGGCAGCCAUUUUUAAGUAUCCAGUAUUGUGCAAUGACCUUACAUUUCUUCUAAAUUACUUUUUCCCCCCAAAUUGAUGGACAUAUCAUUGCCAGAAAGAAGCAAUAUUCAAAUAUAAUCAUAUGUAUGCUGUACUGUAUUUGUAGCCUUCAGUUCUAUAAAUUUUAAUGUAUAUUCAUGUGAAUAGAAAUCAAUUAUUAGGCAGUUUUAUCAUUACAUAUAAAUUUCUGUAGAGGAGGAAAAUAUUUUCAUAUGAUCAAGAAAGCAAUGUAGCAUAUGGGCACAGAACUAUUGACAAAUUGUGUAAAAUUCUAUUUUUUUCCUCAAUUUGCAUUUAUCCCGAGGGAUGCACACCAAUAAACGGUAUCAGCAAUCA